GAUCAUAAAAAUUAUUUUUCUUUUUUUGAUAGUUUGUGAAUGUUUGCUUUACACAAUGAUACCCGAAGUGAUAAUUUUUAUUUUAACACUUAUUCUUGUAUUAUGGGUAUACUUUGAUUUACCUAUAAUAGCGUUAACAAAAUUAACAGAACCAAUACCUGGACCAAAAUCUUUACCAAUUGUUGGGAAUAUACUGGAUAUUGGGAGAGAGAAAGAAGGUAUUUUUGAGUUUUUGAAAAAACUUCGAAAAACUUUUGGUACAGUGUUCAAGAUACAUGUUCCUGGUAGAAUAACAGUUUUUCUAUGUGAUCCAGAAGACAUUGAGAUGAUUUUGAGAAGUAAUGAAGUUAUUGAAAAACCUACGACUCUUGAUGUAUUUUUGAAGCCAUGGCUUGGUGAUGGUAUAUUUUUGAGUAAAGGAUCACAUUGGCGAGAAACUCGGAAAUUAGUCACUCCAGCAUUUCAUUUUGAUAUCCUUCAAAAAUUUUUCGAAGUAUUCGUUGAACAGACUAAUGUUUUAAUAGAUAUUUUGAAGGAGCAUGCUAAUACAAAUAAAAACUUUGAUAUUGGGCACAUCAUGAAACUAUUUGCGUUGGAUGUUAUUUGCGAAACUGCUAUGGGUGUUAAAAUAGAAUCACAAACGAAAUUAGAGGGCAAUGCCUACGUGGAAGCGGUUGAUGAUCUACAAAGAAUCGUUAUAAAUCGUGGAUUAAAUUUUCUUCAACAAAUACCAUUUAUAUUUCCAUACACAAAAGCUGGACGUAAACAAGAAGAAGCAUUAAAAAUAUUAAACACACAUACAACCAAAAUAAUCCAACAAAGACGUGAAGAAUUGAUUGAAAAUAAUAAUAAUAAUAUAAUUGAUGACAAUUCCAAUGUCUGCUUGGGUUCCAAAAAAAGGAUAAUAUUCUUAGAUCUACUUUUACAAUCAACACAUUUAAGCGGCGAACCUUUGACUGAUAAAGAGAUUAUUGACGAAGUAACAAAUUUUAUGUUUGCUGGUCAUGACACCACAUCUGUUCAACUCAGUUUGUUAAUGUACUUACUAUGCGAACAUCCAGAAAUUCAGAACGAGCUAUACAAAGAACAAUGUGCAAUUUUAACUGACAUAAACGGUGAUCCUAGUUUUAAGCAAAUACAAGAAAUGAAUUAUUUAGAGCGUACAAUUAAAGAAUCUCAACGAAUCUUGCCGUGUGUUAUAUCAUUUAGCCGAAAAAUGACUGCUGAUAUUCAAUUGAAAACAAAUAAUUUCCUAUUACCAAAGGGUUGCACCGCAAGCAUCUUUGUUUAUGAUGUACAUCACAAUCCAAAAAUUUAUGAAAAUCCUGAAAAAUUUGAUCCAGAUCGAUUCUUACCAGAAAACAUACGUGGGCGACACCCAUAUGCAUACAUACCUUUCAGUGCUGGUCCACGAAAUUGUUUAGGCCAAAAAUUUGCUUUAUUAGAAAUGAAAACAGUUAUGUCUAAUAUAAUUCGAAAUUUUAAAAUUUUGCCAGCAUAUGAAGAUAAUGGAGAUAAAUUUAAACCAAUAUUUCGCAGAUACAUGUUAUUAACGUCACUAAAUGGAAUACAAAUACGAUUAGAAUCUCGUAGAUAAAAACGUGUUAAGUACAA